CAGCAGAGGGGCCGGAUCCCAACAUGGCCUCGGGCGGCGGCGGUGGCGGCAAGAUCCGGACCCGGCGGUACCACCUGGGCGCCGCGAAGCCGCCCUACGCCAGGAGCAAGCAGCAGGGAAUCAUUAGCAGAGUGACAGAAUCAGUGAAAAACAUCGUGCCAGGAUGGUUACAGAAGUAUUUCAAUAAAAGCGAAGAUGAAUGUGUAGAUACAAAUGAAUCUACUAACCAGGAAGAGAAUCCAGUAAAUUUUCAUCAUGAUUAUCCAGAUGAAGAUACCAUAGUGAUUGAUGGGAGAGUCACACCUGAUUCAGCAAGAAUUAAUUCAGAAGAACCAUCCACGAGUAGAUCUGCAUUAAACUUUUCAGAUGUGUUAACAAGGCCCUCUCUUCAUCGGAGCCAUUUGAACUGUACCAUGUUGGAUUCCACAGUACCACAUUGUCAGCCCUCUACAUCUUCUGCACUUGGCAUUGGCAGUCCUGGACUCUCCCUUGUAAAAGAAAUAAAAGAUUCUACCUCUCAGCAUGAUGAUGAUAACAUCUCAACAACUAGUGGCUUCUCCUCUAGAGCAUCCGAUAAAGAUAUAGCAGUUUCAAAAAAUACAUUGGCUCCACCGCUCUGGUCCACAGAGGCUGAAAGAUCUCAUUCCCUCUCGCAGCAUACUGCAGCUAGUUCUAAAAAGCCUGCAUUCAACUUAUCUGCUUUCGGAGCACUCUCUCCUUCACUUGGAAAUACUUCUGUAUUUAAGACAAGUCAGCUUGGGGAUUCUCCAUUUUACCCUGGAAAGACCACUUACGGUGGCGCAGCUGCAGCAGCGAGACAGACGAAAGUGCGAAUUGCUCCUUAUCAGACACCAGUACGAAGACAAGUGAAAGCUAAACAAGCAAAUGUGCAAUCCUAUGGUGUGACAAGUUCAACAGCACGGCGCAUCUUGCAGUCUUUGGAGAAGAUGUCAAGUCCUUUGGCGGAUGCUAAAAGGAUUCCAUCUUCUGUUUCUACUCCACUGUCUUCUCCUGUGGACAGGAGUGUGCUGGAUAUGACUGGCUUUCAUUCAAAACGAAAACAGAUGGAAACUCAGCAUCCACCUGUCUAUAAACUUGUGACACCAAAGGCAAUCUCUUUGUCAGUGAGUCGGACCCAGUAUUUUAAACCAUCUUUGACUCCAGCUACUGAUUCCAGUAAAGUUCGACAAAGAAUAAAUAUAAAGUACAAAGGAAUGAGAGAGAAGAGUUUGCCUGCAGAACAGGAAGUAGAACCACCUGAAAGCAAUUUGACAUACCCCAAAUUCAGUACUCCUGCGUCCAAUGGUCUGUCUUCGGGAGGAGGAGCAAGUGGUGGUGGCAAGAUGAGAAGGGAAAGAGGAGUACAUUAUGUAUCAAAACCUGGACAAGAACAACAGGAAGUGGAGGAACCAGUACUACCGAAAAUAUCCUUACCCAUCAGUACUACAUUGUUGCCUCAGUUCAGUUUUAGUUCUCUUACCAGUAAUGCUGUCUCAUCAUCACCAAGCACUGUUUCAACAUCAGUGAUGAACAAGGUACAACUAGCAAGUAAUGUUGGCAGUCCUGUGUUCAGAUUUUCAUCUCCGAUUGUAAAAUCUACUGAGGCAGAAGUGCUACCUCCAUUGUCUCAGAUCGGGUUUACAUUUAGUGUUCCUGUUGUAAAAUCAGCAGAGCUUUCUGGGUCCAGCGAUACGCCAGUGACAUCCCUACUUACCCUAGACACCACCACUGUAAACAGCACCAGCAAUAAGAAGGAAGAAAACGAGGAGUAUGAUGGCCCCUUCAAACCUGCAAAAGUCUUAAAGGAAGGGAGUGUGUUAGAUAUUCUAAAAAACCCUGGCUUUACUUCUCUGAAGACCCAUGCCUCUACAGCUGCCCAGCCUGUAACAACAAGCACAGUGGUCUAUACAAGGCCUGCAAUAAGUAGUUUUUCUGCAGGUAAAGAGACCUCUCAACAAGCUUCAUCAUAUUGGCAGUCUGACACGUGUGACCCCUGCAUGCAAAACAAGGCCACGGACAGCAAAUGUGGAACUUGUCAAGCUGCUAAAGUGUCAACUGCUGAGCAGAGUACAAAACAGACAAUAAGCUCAAGCCCAAGCAGCAUCUCGAAGUCAGCAGCCCCCACAGCAGGGGCACUGGGCUUUGGAGACAGAUUUAAAACAGCACCUGGCACCUGGGAUUGUGAUACGUGUCUAAUCCAGAACAAACCAGAAGCUACCAAAUGCGUAGCAUGUGAGACACCAAAGCCUGGCACAGGAGUAAUGCCUGCUCUGACACUGCCAGCAGUCCCAGACACCUCGGCUACAGUUACUUCCUCCUCCAGCAGCACUGACACAACGGUCACCCUGGGAUUUGGAGACAAAUUUAAGAAGCCAAAGGGCUCCUGGGACUGUACAGUGUGCUGUGUGACAAAUAAGGCAGAAGACAGCAAGUGCAUAGCCUGCCAGUCUGAGAAACCAGGGAGUUCAGUGCCUGUGACCAGUAGCAGUGUUUCUGCCUUUUCUGCUUCUUCUGGAGGACUGCUGGAUUUAGACAAAUUCAAGAAGCCUGAAGGAAGCUGGGAUUGUGAGGUCUGCUUGGUCCAAAACAAAGCAGAAGCCACAAAAUGUGUAGCCUGCAAAAAUGCAAAGCCAGGCACCAAAGCAGAGCUCAUAGGGUUUGGUACUGUUCCUGUGUCCUCAAAUGCUGCAACGCCAUCAUUUACAUUUGGUGUUCAGUCAUCAACCUCUGACUCUUCUCAUACGUUAGGUAGCCCCAAAAGUUUUACAUUUAGUGAACAAGGGGGCUUCAAGUUUGGUAUUGCAUUAGAAUCUGCAUCCUCCAAUAUUGGGACUGGGGGAUUUAAGUUUCCUAGCAAUUCAGGGGACUUCAAAUUUGGAGUUUCUUCCUCAGACUCCAAACCAGAAGACAGUAAGAAAGAAGAGAAGAACAACAAUUUUACCUUUGGACUUCCAUCUACAAGCAGUCAGGCUCCUUCAACAUUUCAGUUUGGGACAGGGAGCCUGGGGCAGCAGGCAAAGAAAGAGGAAACAGUCCUGGGAGGCUUUGGUUUUGGCACAAGUUCUACUUCUUCCAUAGCUCCGACUGAGAAUAAGACAGGGGUCAGUGGCUUCGGUUUUGGAACCGUGGCAGAAAAGGAGGUUGCGUCAGCUGCUUUUGCAUUUAAGAAGCCUGAUGAGAAAAAGGAUGAAACUCCUUCCACAAAGGCAGGCUUCUCUUUUGGCAGUGUGGAAUCUGCACCUGCCUCGCAGUUUGUUUUGGGAAGGACAGAAGAGAAACAGGACUCUGUCACUUCUGCUGCUCCAUUAGUGUUUGGAAAGAAAGCUGACAAUGAAGAGCCAAAGCCACAGCCUAUCUUUUCAUUUGGGAAGUCUGAGCAUACCAAAGAAGAGAGCACAGCAAAAUCCACAUUUAAUUUUAGUUUCAUAAAACCAUCAGAGAAGGAAACUGAGCAGGCCAAGCCAGCUUUUACAUUUGGGGCACAAACCAGUACUUCAGAUCAAGGAGCUGUGAAGCCAGCCUUCAGCUUCUUGAGCUCUAGUUCCUCCAGCACAACUGUACCUGCAUCUUCAGCCAACAGCAGCAGUGUGUUUGGCAGCUCCACUGCUUCUUCAAAUCUUCAACCAGUUCCCACUCCCUUUGUGUUUGGACAAGCCAGCAACACUGUGAGCAGCUCUGCUUUUGGCAAUUCUGCAGAAUCUACAGCAUCUCAGUCAUUUGGCUUCUCCCAAGAAAGCAAACCAGCAACCACAUCCUCCAGCACCGCUGCGGCUGUUGCGCCAUUUGUCUUCGGUUCAGGAGCCAGCAGUAGCAAUGCAGCAAAUUCUGGCUUUACUUUUGGAGCCACAACCACAUCAAGUUCAACAGGGUCAUCCUCUUCAUUUGUGUUUGGCUCUGGAUCUUCAGCACCUGCUGCUGGUCCAGCAUUUGGUGCCAGUCAGCUACCAGCUUUUGGCCAGAGCCAAGGGUCCAGCCAGCCAAACGCUCCGACUUUCGGAUCAUUAUCGACAACGUUGUUUUCGGCUGGCUCCCAGCCUGCUGCUCCUGCCUUCGGCUCCGUGACGAGCAGUAGUCAGCCCCCUGUGUUUGGACAGCAAGCAAGCCAACAGCCAGGGUUCGGCUCUGGUACCUCGACCGCUGGUCCUGUAUUCCAGUUUGGAAGUAAUACUGCUAACUUCAACUUUCCAAACAACCCAGGAGUAUUUACUUUUGGCGCAAAUCCUAGUGCACCAACAGCACCGGCGCAGCCUUCUGGCUCUUCAGGAUUUUCAUUCAACCAGCCUCCAGCAUUUACUGUGGGGACUAAUGGGAAAAAUAUUUUCUCUGCCUCUGGAUCUUCAGUUUCUGGUCGGAAGAUAAAGACUGCAGUUAGACGUAGAAAGUAAUCGUCCUGGUAAAGCAACUUUCAAAACUGCUGCUGCCCUGCAUCCCACCAUCGUUCAACUGUUGGGACUGUACCUCGUGCUGGGUUAGCUGAAGUCAGAUCUGCCUAAAGGAAUAUAAAACUCUGCUGCCCUUUCCUUCCCUCCCUCCAUUUAGUUUUUUGGUAACGAGUAGAGUUGGCAACAAGGCCAUUCUCGAGCAAAACUAUUUUAGAAUCCAGCAAUUUACUUCUUUCACUGACUUGGCAUGGUCUGGCUAUAGACGUGAAUAUAGCCUGCACAGUGAAUGGCUUGUACAAUACCUCUUCAUCCGCACCACUAUGUGCGCUCAUCUGCGUUUACUGACGCCUCAAAAUUGUAAUUAUAUCAGUGAGGGAUUCUGUAUAGAGUAGAGAAUGUUGAUAAUGAAUGAUUUCUAUGCUGAGUUUGUGCUGGUGUAUGUGUGAAGUGAGUGAGUUUGGGUGUACUGUUCACUAAAAUUUUCUGAUAGAGGAAGACUGAUUAAAGGAUAAUCCAUGCUAAGGACUUGUUAGAUCUGUAGUUCUGCAUUUAAUAAUUAUAUGCUAUUUCUAUAUUUUCAUUCUUACAGCCCUUUAUCACCUGUCUCGCCUUUGUUAUUUUAUUAUGGAACAUGUGUAAAUACAAUUUUGUUUCUCUAUGUACUUUUUUGGCAUAACAAAUCUGUGAAAUUGAAAUUUUAAUUUUGUGUGUUACAGCCAUUUUUGUUUAGUAUUGUCUCAGAUUUUAUUACGUAAAUCCCAUUAUUCAAAGUUGCCUAAAUCCAUUUAGAAAAUCUUUAAAAUUGGGAAUUCUUAAAAUAAGUUUAUUGGCUUUUCUGAUCCAUUUUUGUUUGGACCAAAAACCAGUAUUGUACAAAGUAUUAAGUAUAUAUUUUUAUAUUUACUGAAAUGGACUGUGGUGACUUUGGAUAAUAAGGAAAAGUUUAAUAUUAAAGCCAUGUUUAUUACAGUAUAAUUAACAUGUUAAACCAUGGGAUAAAUGCCAUCAAUAAAAACUAUGAAAUAUUG